AUAAAACAAACAACGAUUGGAACCUUCCAAUCUGCGUGAGGUUGAGCUGUUGAGCUAGAAGUUAGCGAUUGGAGUUUGGAGUGUACAGCGAGCUCACACUCGCACAGUUACCACCACACUGGUUGUUUUAUUGUUUUUAGAGAGGCUUGUUUUCCAAACAUUAUUGAUUCAUUUCACCAGUGAAAAUAAUAUUAUCGAACAAUCAAGCUAUCAACGAAGCUGAUGAUGCAGCAACGUCAGUAACUCGGGAGGGAGUGUGACAGUUCAGCUUCACGGGAAGGCGGGUAGAACGAUCAGUUGUCCCAUGUCAGCACCAAAACAAUUGAGUGGAAGAUGAUAGAGAUGUCUGUUGAUAAAGAGACUGUUCCAACCAGAAGUAUGAAAGUGGACCCAGCGCCACCCCAGAAACUCUCAGAAUGCACUGGAAGCUGCAACAAUGCCCCCAAAGUGCCAGAGGUCACCCUGGCCAACCCAGACAGCACUGAUGGUGCUGCUACCUGCCCCAUGCCAGACAGUGGUGCCCAAACCAAGCACAGCAGCACGGCUGACCCCCACAAUCAGACAAAGCGUGUUGCGCAGGAGGCCAUGUUGACUGAGCAGCACGUUAACCCUAAAAAUGGCUUUCAGCAAUCCAAACAACAACCGCAGCAGCAGAAACUCUCGAAGCGUCGCAGCACAAUGAUUGCAGGGUUCAAGCAUCCAGCAGGUAAGAGACGACGACGGGUAAACUCAGAGAGCGACUCGGUUCUGCCCACCAACUUCCUGCUGGGAGGAAACAUAUUUGACCCGCUGAACCUCAACAGCCUGCAGGACGAGGAGGUGAACAGGGCCCUGAACGCUGAGACGCCCAAGUCCUCCCCCCUUCCUGCCAAGAACCGCGACCCUGUGGAGAUCCUCAUUCCCAGGGACAUCACUGACCCUCUCAACCUCAACAGCAGGAUGGGAGGUAGGAGCCUCCUGGUGUCGCCCUUCAAGAGUGGCGGCAGGAGGAGACACCGCAACAGACACCAUGGAGGAGGAGGUGGGGGUUCCACAGUCUCCGUGUUGGACCUGUCAGAUUCGGAGAGAAGUGGUGAAGUGACCAACACCACUUCUUCUCUGUCUAACCUGCCAUCUGCUAGUGCUGCGUCUACCUCUGUUUUAGAAGCACCCAGUGUCCCGGCCGUCCUGGACCCCCAGGAUGCUAACGGUAAUGAGAUCACCCCAUCCAACUGCAGGGAUGAAGCCAUGCUCACUGUAUCUGCCCCCCAGGCCCAGCCUCGAGCUCAGGAAGACUCCUCCGCAGCCACGGCCGGAGGCCCAAACCAUCUCUCUAGCCGGCAACGCAAACGCAGACGCAACUCUGGUAAAACAGAGCCUCCUAUGGUCCAUUCUACUCUUAUGGCCAGGUCGGGGAUGGAGGAGAGGGGCCGUGGAGCUGGGCCCGGGAGAAAUGCGCAGUCCUCCUUCCACACCCCAGUGGUAGGUCCCAGGGGGUCCUCCCAGGUACCAGGGGGUCAGCAACCGCAUCUUCACAACCAGCACAAACAACAGCACCAAGGCAACAAGAAGAAGUUCCAGUAUGGGAACUACAACAAGUACUACGGCUACCGCAACCCAGGCUGUGCCGAGGACCCACGGUUCCGUUGUCUACGUCCAGAGUGGUUCCAUGGUAAAGCAGUACUGGACCUGGGCUGCAACACGGGCCACCUGACUCUGUGUAUUGCUAAGAAGUUGCGGCCCGCCCGCAUAUUGGGGUUGGACAUUGAUGGGGGUCUGGUGCACGCGGCCCGCCAGAACAUCAGACACUACCUGUCAGAGCUGCAGGCCCAGGAGGCCCGGCGAGCCGCAGGGGAUGAGAAGACCAAUGGACCAGGAGAGGACAGGAAGGAGAAGGCCAACAGACGGGAAGAUGAGUCACACUCAGGAGGACUAACGCACAAACAGAAUGAAAGACAGCCCACCAGGGCUGAAAAUGGAAACGCUGAAAGGCAGGUCCCUGCAGAGGGUGGCGUGGUGUUAUCACGUCACGCAGAGAGAAGAGCUCAGGAGAGAGGGGCUGAGGAGAUGGAGGAGGACUCUGGAGCACCUGCUGUUGAGCUGGGGACCAGCUCCUUCCCUGUCUCCUUACGGAUCUCCAGGGGGCCCAUAGCAGCACCCCCACUCCCCGACACACCCACCAUGCCUCCUGGUAACUUCCCCUCCAAUGUCUCCUUUGUCAAGGGGAAUUAUGUCCUGGAGAGUGAUGCUCUGCUGCUGACCCAGCCGCCAGAGUACGACGUCAUCCUAUGCUUCAGCGUUACCAAGUGGGUCCACCUGAACUGGGGAGACGGUGGCCUGAAGCGCCUCUUCCACAGAGUGUUCAGACACCUUCGUCCUGGAGGCCUGUUCGUCCUGGAGCCACAGCCCUGGAUCACCUACGGCAAGAGGAAGAAACUCACGGAUAGCAUCUUUAAGAAUUACCACAGCAUCCGUCUCAAACCAGAACAGUUCUCAACAUACCUGACAUCUGAGGUGGGAUUCUCCAGCUACGAGUUGAUCGGGACGCCUAACAGUUCAUCAAGAGGUUUUCAGAGGCCAAUCUACUUGUUUCAUAAAGGAACAUGAUCUGCCUGGAAGUGGGUUGGUGCAGGAGAAACCAAAACAAGCCACCUGCUCCAGUCUGUAAAGCAUAUAGGUCAACCCCAAUCAGAGCUUUCUACUUGUUUGUGAUGCUGUGUUCAGAAGGUAGCCAAGGAGACCAAAACAUGAGACUUGAUUCUACAGAACGACUAUCUGAUGGCUUCUCUACACAACUCCAGUCUAGAUGAGAAGAAAAGCAUUGGGACAGGGUGAACUCAAUCAUGACUCUUUGGGCUUGUUGCUCCCUAUGCACAGGCAUUGUUCCAUAUCUUUUUAUUACUGUUCAUACUCUUGUUCAGUCAAGGAUUGUAUUUUUUUCACAUUUUAAUAUUGACGUUCAUCAAUAGAUCAACUUUUGAAGCAGAAUAGACAACCAAAACCUAAUUUGAAUACUUUGCAUAAAAUGUACUCCCAUAUAAUGUCCAAAUGGAACUAAUCUAGGGACGUUUCUCACACUUUUUAUAGGAUCAGAGCGUCUUCAAUUUUAAGAUUGUUCAGCUUAACAUAAGUCCUCACUGAGUUCUCUGUGGCCUGACUGACCAGGAAAAUCAGUUUGACUCUGGAUAAGUGUGGCCUGUCUUCAGCUUGCUCCUGGCCCGGAGUGCUUUUUCUCUAGAUAUCUUACUUCCUGUCUGGGGACUGUUCCUGUCUCUUUCUAUUGGUAGCUGAUUCAAGAACUCAGUCAGGUGGUGUUGGCUAUGGUGAGAUGUGAGGGAUGUUUUUUCUUUGGCUGUUAUAAGAAUGAUUGAUUGUUCUUUUAUUUGACUCAUGUUCUUUUUUUCCCCCAAUGGAUUCUUGUCAUGUGUCCAAAGGUUGGCUGCCAAUUUAUCAUAUGUAACCUAUACAGAGCCUCUGUGGUUUGGACUCGGUUUGGGCUUGUAUUGUUAAUCCAGCUCACUUUAACCCAAAUCAAUUCAUCAGAAUGAAAUGUUUAUGCUUUACUCAAUUCUUAUGCUUAAUAUUUUGUUUACUCGAACCAGGUGCUGGUUUAGUUCUGAAUUUGUUGAAAUGUUUUUGUUUUUAAUAAACAAAUCAAUUGAAAUGCA